GAAAAAGCCCCGAAUGGAUCAAAUAUUUCUUCAGCGUCUUUUAUGGUUGGGAGAAUGUUUAGAAAGAGUGGAUACGUCUCUGAAGAAGUUUUUAUUAUCGACUUGCGCCGAAUUUGCUGGUAAUUUGAUGACAGAUAAUUCAGUUCCUGAUGAAAUUCAAAUAACGGGCGUAAAUAUUAUCGUCAAAGUUAUCCAUCUCAUGAUUGCAGAUGCCGACAUUGAUGCUUAUUUUCAUUGCACUGAUCCAUUCUUGUUAGAAUUAUUUCGCUCUAUGAUUGUUUUGGAGAAUAUUGUUGUGUUUGAUCGCGUUUUACAAGCCAUCACAGACAUUCUGCAGAGUUAUUCACAUAUUCUGGAUUCUGUGCACUCCUGGAACACUCUUUUGGAGAUGUUGUACGAGAUUCCAAUGAAGGAAGAUUUCCAACUUAUAAUCUUUCGCCUAAUCACUAUAUUAUCGAAAGAUUUUAUAUCAUGUAUGCCCUAUGACACGGAAUGCUUGCAUUUGUGGUCAAAGAUUUUGUGUCGUUGUAUUCAAAGUUUGAAGGACUUGAAUUUAUCUUUGACUUGCCUAGGAUAUAUAUGGAAUACUAUUGACUCUGUUUCAAGACAUUGGAGAGAAACUGAGAUUGAUAAAAGCAAGUUGGUCUACGACACGCGACAACUUGAGUUGUAUUAUAGUCACCUUGCUUCAAUCAUGACUGAAAUUUGCGUUCUUACCCGAGAUGGACGUCCUGAAAUAAGGAAUUCAACUUUACGAAUGAUUAUUGAUGUGGUAAAGGUUGCAGCAAGUAAACAAUUUCCAGGCUUUUGGAAGCAGGUCUGUCAAACUUUUCUGAUUCCUACUUGUUAUUUUUUGUUUGAAGAUAACCAUAAUGAAUAUUCAGAAUCAAGUAAGCUUGAUACAAAUAUAAGAAUUCACCACAGCAGAAAUACGAUGGAAAAGCAGUGGGAUGAGAGUAGAAUCAUUUUUCUAGAAGGCAUAGUGAAACUUUUUUAUCAAUUCUGGGGUAGUUUUGUUCUUGAUGAAGAGGACAUAAUUGAAUUCUGGUCCCAAGUUGUACAGUUUGUUUUGCGCUGUUUAAACAAUCCAAGGACAGAGCUCUGCAAGGCUGGAGUGGAUAUGAUGAUGUCUGUCUUUGACUGCUUUUGUGACCAAGAAGCGAUUGUUCAAGAUGUUAUAAAUGGACAGGAAAGAAGUUUAGAAAUCAUGUUUUGGGAGCGUUUUUGGAAAAUUAUCGAGCAAUACAUUCCACGAAAUGAUAAAUAUGAAAUAGACGAAGCCAAUGUGCCUUCGUUUCUAACAUUGAUGAAUGGAUUGAAGAACUUAUUGAGGAAUUCGAGACAUUCAUUCGUGCCUUUCCAAGCAAAGAUAUUAUUUGACAUGGUGAUGUAUCCGACUUGUUCUCUCAAUGGUUUAAAGAAUGAAGAGCUUUUUAUUUCAGCCAUAGAUUUUUUUCGUGAAGCGAGUUUUGAUAAUGAAAGUGACUGCUGGAAUGUACUCUUCGAGGAAUUACUAAACCUCUGUCGGCAUUGUCUGGAGACCAGAAUGGACCAUUUUGAAUAUUCUACAAAGGUGCGACUUUCUUUAGAAGCAAUUGAAAAUACAUUUCAAAAGGAUUCCAUUCCUGUGAAACCGCGAGUAUUGUACAUCGGAGCAUUUGUAGAAUUGUUAUUGCCUUGUAUUGAACAAUAUUCUUUCGAGGAUCUAUCGAAGAGCGCAUUGGCAUUGGAUAGUUUGAAGGCCCUUGUUGUUGUUGUCAAGUCUUGUGUUUUGAAGGACUUUUCUUUCAAGGACUUGGACUUGCAGCUGUUUGACAGAAUUGUCGGAAUGGCGGAAAACUUUAUCAGCAUUAAGAAGAAAGGAAGCGAAACAACUGAAGGAUAUUAUACUGCACAACCAUCGUCAGAGUACGAAAUUGAGUGGAGAAAGGAAUCUUAUGACAUCGUUCUUGUUGAUCUAUUGGCAAGCCGUUUGUUGGUUUAUGAAGAACUCUUGACCGAAAUAAGUUGGAAGAAGACUAUUAGCCUGCUUCGAACAGGGUUCAAUAGUGCAUUUUAUGAAGAUCAAAGCCAUUUGAGAUUCCGUCACGCUUGUCGAAUUUCGUUGCUGAAGUGGAUUCAAAAUCAGUCUCGCAAUAAGAUGUACCCGUUAUCUCUUCCAUAUACGAAGUGUUCAGUGAUUCAGGAAACCAAACUAAAUAUUCUCAAUAAUACUUUGAGACUAAUAGAAACACUGGUAGAAGAAAGACUGAAUGGAGGUAGUUACCCGUUGUCAUCUGCCAUAUGUUUGGAAAUACAGGAUGUCUUUCAGUGUUUGCUGAAGUAUGAAACACUUUCAAUUCUUGAACGGGACGCUUUUGAGGAGCUGAACUUCCCAAGAACUCUCAAACAAGGGAAUGAUACAUCUGUAACCACUGUCGCUUUGAGAAAAGCUUUAAUAUCUCUCCGGGAAAGACUUUCUACGUGCUGUACUCUUGAAUUAUCUUAUAUUUCCGAGCUAGCCGUUUGUCUUCUCAAAGAUAUGGACAAUUAUGUUUUCUUACCAAACGUAAAGGGUGUAUGAUCCUGGACUCUUGAUAAAGAAUAUUUUCAGUUUCUCUGCUCAUUCCAGCAGUCGAGUAAGGUGACUGACUUGAGGGAGUCUGCUUGAUUUGAAGUUUAGUAGUUCAAUCUUGUUUUCCGAGUACUUGUGGUGAUAUUCGACUAGUUUAACUUCACAGUGCACGUUCAGGUCGUGAUGACUAUAUUUCUGGAGAGGCUCACACAAUGAAUAGGAACACGUUGUUUAUCCUAAAAAUCUUUAUUUUGAAAGGAGGAUGAUUCUCAAAGUUUCGGAGACAACUAAAACUCUUCUACUAAGGAAAUAUUUGGGUAUGUUCGGCAGCUCGCAAAAAAAAUUACAAGUACGGACUGUCUAUUCUUAGAGUCUAGAAUAAACAUAAACUCGCUUUUACUUCA